CCCCGGGGGUGAAGCCCUGGGGGCACGCUCGACCUUGCCCCCUCCUCCCCGGGUGAGCAGGGGGCGAUCCGGGCCCCGGGGGCCACCCCCGGUCGAUGCCACACGGGGCCAGCACAGCCCCGUGCAGCCCAUGGAGAGAAACCCGACACUGCCAGACACUCCCUUGGAAUAGCCAGGGGCCGAGCAGGAACCAGGAAAUACAAGCUCUCCCUGUCCAGAGAACGCUCCAGCUCCAUGGGGGAAGGAGCGACAUGGGCAACCUGUGCAGCUGCGGGCGCCCGGGGAAGUGUCCUUCCCCUUUCAAAAGAAAGAAGGAAAAGCAAGGAACUAAUGUGAGGCAUGAGAGUGGACAGCAGCAGCCUGGCAGGCAGGUUCCGACGUACGAAGAUGUCCCUGAUGUCCCCGUCUACGCCACGGUGAGCAAAGGCCAGGGGGUGCAGCAGGAUGAGAACAUCCACUAUGCAGACAUCCAGGUGUUCUCCAAGGCCCGGGAGCGCUCGGCGGCCGAGGUGAAGAACCUGCAGCUGCAGAAUGCCACGGAAUAUGCCACCCUCAACUUCCCCAGGGCCAGGCUCAAGUACGACAGCAAGAAUGGCACCCUGGUGUGAGAGACUGGGUGGCCUCCUCCUCCUCCUCCUUCAGCAGCAAAAGGAGUUCUCAGACUUAGAGAUGCUGCAGAUCCAAGGGAGCCUCGUGGACACAGGGAGACUCUGGGGGGAAGGGUCUCCCACCACAGACAUUCUCCCAGCAUGGGGAGUUCCCCAUCUGAUUCUGCUGAUGAAAAAACCCCUCUUCCCCUUGGAAGGGUUGUCCCUGAUGCUGGAAACCCACCUCCUGUCAGCACUGGGAGGUGGCAGAGCUGCCCCUGGGCUGGUGAAGGCUCAGAGCUGCAGGGAGGACGUCCCUGCUGUGGCACAGCUGGAUCUGGGAAUGUGGCACACAGAACUCAGGGCUGGGACGAGGGAGGUCCCGACACAGGGCUUUGUGUCACUGUUAAGAAAAUUCUGAACAUGCAGGACUGACACGUGGCUGAUGCUGUGAAGAAAUGAAACCUUCAGCAGCAUCCACUGCAGUGUCUUCUUCCAACACCUGCCACGUGGCUGCAGCCAUGCACUGUGGGCAGGCCCUUCUCUCAAAAAGCAGUGUUCUGUGGCCAUGCACAGCUCUGGAAAACCGAGCCAGGAAUGCAGAAUUAAGGAGGGGUACAGGACAAGUCCUUUCACUGGUGGGCUGUGCAUCUGUAGCCCUCCAUGCACACAAGUGAGAACUGAGCUCCUGGCUCUGACUGGGAGGGAAACAAGGAAAACUGGCAGUUUAGCUGCGAGGCAACCCUGGAUUUAGGGCAGUUAUCCAGUCCCUAGAGUCCAGCAGCUGUCUGCAUGCCUGAGAUACUGGGCAACCUUAGAGAGGACUUUGGACUUUGCCUCCAUUCUUCCUCAUGUUGUACUGUCAACCUUAGUCAUAAACCCCAGUAACAGAGAGCACACAGCACAAGGUGUUACCUGCUAACCCUCCCAGACACCCCUCUGUGUCUGUGUAGGGAUCUAAAAUAGUGUUAAUGAUGCAGCCCAGCACUGGGUUUGGCAGCACUGGCAGUGGAACAGGGCCCAGGCACUGCCUUCAGGUCCUAAAUCAGUGCUUGGCACGUUCUGUUCCUCAGCAAUGCUCUGCAGAGCUGGAUGCAGGCCGUGGGACAACCUGGUUAUUGCCAGUGUUUAAAAGUGGACGCCUUGGUACCUUUUGUAUACAUACAUAAUAUUGCAUAUUAUAACUCAGCUGAAUGUAAAAAGAAUGGAGGAGUUCCUGCUUGUUGCAAAAAGUUAAGCUGGUGUGGGCAGUGUUUGCUAAGGUGGAAUUGUUUGAGGACCAAUCUUGAACUUUUUCUGCCUUUUGGCUGUGCUGUCAGCAGGGCUGUUGUAAGGGCAGAGGAAUCUGUGUAGAAGGUCCUUUUUUAUAAUGGAUAUGAUAUAUUUUUCUCCCUGAAAAGGGGGGUUUUUUGGCCUAUGCUGUGCAGCUGACCUCAGUGGGGCCAUUGUAAGGGCUGCCCUUAAUUUACAAGGGGUACAGGAUGAUGUUAUUGGAAGGGCUGGCUUUGAGCUCCCUUUCCUGCUCCUCUUUCUGUACUCCACGCCCAGCAUGAAACUCUUUGGGCUGAGGAUGACUGAGUGGGCCCAGGGUUUACUGACACGAGUUGGAGGGAGCUGUGGGGCACUGGGACACUCAGCUCUGCCAGCCCAGUGUCAGACAGGCUGCCAGACCUGGUCCAUGCUGGGCAGCUGGGAUGUCCCUCCUUGCACUGACCCCUGGUACAACCAGGAAGGCUCCAGCUCCAGCCAAGCCCUCUGCAUCACAGGAACAAACUGGAUCUUUUUAGAAACAUCAUCAAACGUGGACUAUAGCUCAGGAGAUGGGAGGGUCUCUAGAAGGUGCAAGACUGCAACAAAUGAUUUUAAAAGCCAAUCCAAGUGCAGACAGCCUGUUAUUGCAGUGGCAUGCACAGAGAAUGGCACGGAAGCUUUUCCUCCCCCAGCAGCAGAGCUGGGACUGGGGACAUGAAGGGACAUUAAGGUCAAGCUGCAGGGACACCAGAGUCAAGGUCCUGGGCCCAAACUGGUGUAUAUUUGCACAUCCAUCACGUCAAACCAGUUCUGCCGUGGACAUAAACAGGACUGGGCUUGGCUCGGAGAUUUAAGUCACAUUAUUCAGUUCUGUUGGUCUGUGGCUCAGCCCUGCUGUGCUAUGAAUGGGUGGGAGCUCAGCCGUGUUUCAGUGAGAGCCUGGGCCCUGGAAUGGUGGGUUAUCUCCCUCUCCCUAAGGAGCUCCAGCUCUGCAGUGCUUGGGGUCGUUUCUGGAAGUGCAGCACAUCUCGGAGACAAUCCCAUGCUCCCACCCAGGAGUGGGGAUUUUUGCCUGUUUUCCAGCAGAGAAACGUGAAAGCCGCUUGUUCUGCACGACGGAUUUUUUUCCGAAGGACUCGGUUUGGCACUUUUUGAACAUUAAAACCCCCCGACAUUGCAUCUCCUGUGCCUCCCGCGGGCGUCACGCGUGGGCGUUGAUGUUGAUGUAGCAUUAAAGGCGGAAUGUUUCGUU